UAUCGCAGCUCCCUUUGUCUGUUUGCUCAGCAAAGGAAAUCAAAAAUACCCCGAGUGUAGGAGCUCAGAUUUAGUGCUGAAAACAAAAUCUUUAAACAAAAGUAUAUUAUACUUCGCAGGGAGCCGAGGGCAAAAGGGGCGCGCACCACAAUCAGUGGGCUGUCCCCGAAAAUUCUGGAUUUUGUUGCACCUACUGGUUUUGGAUGGGAUUUGCGGAAGUUGUUUGCGGCAAGAGCUUCAGGACCAUAACUUUUGGAUUGACCAAGCAUCUUCAACUCUAAAGGGUUUUUUGUUGUUUUAAGUGAUUUUUUUGUAUCAUCAAGUUCUCAAGGAUACUUACUAGUGGCUUUCAGUUUACAUGCUUGUUUGGAACUACAAAAGAAAAGUGCCACAGAAAAAGUUUUCGCAUCAAGUGCAAUGGAGUUUUGUUUUUACUUUCAUAAGUUUUUCACUUACAUAGUAGAAGCCAACAUCACUUGGUCCUGGGUGAGAAUUGGAUGCAUUUGACGAAGAAGUUUGAUGAUUUAAUUAAUUCUUUGUAUCUCUAGAAGACCAAGACCAGAUUGUAAGGUUGGCUGCAUGCAUUCAAAUGUGUUUAUCUUUUUGCGUUCAAGUCAGUCUUCAAGAUAUAUCGAAACCAUUUGCUUUUCAAAUAACAUUACAGUCUUUUCUAAAUAUUAUGGAAUUUAACGUUUUAUGAGCAGGGGAUGGAUUGUUGGUCAGCCAUUUUUUUUAUCAAACUCAAAAGCUUGGUCAACAGCAGUUGUCUGGAAAACAAAGAAGGCCUUGGAUGUUAAUGUCACCAAAUCUACUGUAUCUAAGCACGAUGUGAAUGGUAACAGGACAGUGCCUCCGUUCCCAGAGGGAUUGCAGAUGGUCUUAUUUGGUAUGGGCUGUUUCUGGGGAGCAGAGAGAAAGUUCUGGAGGCAGAAAGGGGUCUACUCUACUCAAGUGGGCUACUCUGGGGGUUACACCCCAAACCCUACAUAUAAAGAAGUGUGUACAGGUAAAACAGGACAUGCAGAGGUGGUUCGUGUGGUCUACGAGCCAGAGAAAAUCAGCUUCGCGCAGUUGCUCAAGGUAUUCUGGGAAAGUCAUGAUCCCACACAAGGGAUGCGCCAGGGCAACGACACCGGCACGACCUACCGAUCGGCCAUCUACGCAUACACACGCGAACAGCUUGACCACGCAUCGUGCUCAAAGGACGAAUAUCAAAAGGUGCUGACUAAAGAGGGUUUUGGAGCCAUCACCACAGAAAUAGCCAUGACCAAGGAAUUCUACUAUGCAGAAGACUAUCACCAGCAAUACCUUAGCAAGAAUCCCAAUGGGUACUGUGGACUGGGUGGCACUGGGGUCUCCUGUCCAAUAGGAUUGAAGAGUAAAAAUUAACAUUGUGAUUGGAUCCAUUUAUAUUAUCUUGCCUUACCUGACACUUGAAUAUACUGCUACCCAGGCCUUCUGAUCAUUGCCAGAUUUAAAUAAAAUUAUAAAGUAUC